GAUAAAAAGUUGGAUGUUUUACAGCAGCAAAGCAUUGAGAUCUCAACGACCUUUCAACAAAAUACUUCAAGUGUUAUUGUAUCAGACCUUCAUAUUAUUAAACAAAUCCGUGAUAACGAUAUGUUUAGUGCAAAAAGUCAACAAAUAGUCAACAAGAAAGUCCGGUAUGCCAAUGGAUUUGGUAAAAUGAAGAAGGCUCUUAAUACUGCUUUGGAUCUUGGAUGUGAAAAAGAGCUUAUUAAUUUGAUAACUAGUUUUAUUGAUCAAAAAGUAUCUAUUUAUGAAAAUCGUAAUGAAGACUCUCGAUCUAAUCAAUCUGAACUACUAGUUGUAAUGGAUCCCUUAGUUGUAAACGUCGUGGACGGCCACCCAGUAAAAGAUUAA